AUGCUCCCGUGCGCGCAUUCGCGGCCGUGUGAGGGCUCCUAUUUCCAAGUUAAUCCCCUGAAGAACAAGAAGAAGAGGUGUGCCUGUCAUCUCUGCGUUGUCUCCCAUCCGCUCGAGUCCCUGCGUUUGAUGAGAUAUCGGGCCGAAAUGGGGGAGGCUAUCGAACUCAGUUCCAGGGAGCACGUGACCCCGGAGAUGAACAAGCUUCGCCAGAGUCUAAGGAGGAAGAAGCCCACUUAUGUGCCAGAGGCCAGUAGACCACAUCAGUGGCAGGCUGAUGAGGAGGCUGUUCGCAAGGGCAAAUGUAACUUUGCUGUUCGGUACUUGGGACUAGUGGAGGUGGAGGAGUCGAGAGGGAUGCAUGUCUGUGAGGAGGCUGUGAAAAAGCUGAAAGUUAGCGGCAAAAAGACAGUCAAAGCUGUACUGUGGGUUUCUGCUGAUGGACUCAGGGUGGUGGACGACAAAACCAAGGACCUCAUUGUGGACCAGACCAUAGAGAAGGUGUCAUUCUGCGCUCCUGACCGUAACUACGACAAGGCCUUCUCAUACAUCUGCAGAGACGGGACAACCAGACGGUGGAUGUGCCACUGCUUCAUGGCUUUGAAAGACUCGGGAGAGAGACUGAGCCAUGCAGUUGGCUGUGCCUUUGCUGCUUGUCUGGAGAGGAAGCAACGCAGAGAGAAAGAGUGUGGCGUGACGGCGUCGUUCGACGCCAGUCGCACCUCGUUCGUGCGCGAGGGCUCGUUCCGCAUUAACUCGUCUUCCAGCCAGCAGGGCAGCAGCAGCGAGAGAGAUGACAAGCUGCAGGAUAAGAAGAAAGAUCAGCCCUCAGUCAUCCCAGCCGUCCCACCCGGCACUGCCUCCCCACCGGAGGGGUCGGCGUCUCCCAUGGAGAGGCCCGAACCAGGUGGGCCUCACGCCAUCCCUCGCCGCCACGCGCCCAUCGAGCAGUUGGUACGCCAAGGCUCAUUCCGGGGAUUUCCCGCUCUCAGUCAGAAGAACUCCCCCUUCAAGCGUCAGCUGUCGCUUCGCCUCAACGACCUGCCGUCCACCCUACAGCGAAAGACCGACUUCCAGGCCAAGAACCCUGAAAUGGACAUGGGAUUACCGGGUGAGGACGACAGUAGCAUUGACGCUUUGUGUUGCCAGAUCAACAACUCUUUCACCAAGCCGUCGGACGAGCUUUUCUCAAAUGCCUCCAUGUCGACAAACGGACCAUCAACUUGCACUGUGCCCCCUAUUCUACCCCCGCCGCCUGCACCGAUGCAGGCCACUUCAUCUUGGAUGCAGCCAGAGGCUCCGCUCCACUCGCCUCCUUCGGUUCCCGUGGCGAUGCACAGUGGCCACAAACGCACGCCCUCAGAAGCCGAGAGAUGGUUAGAGGAGGUGUCCAAAGCUGUCAAAGCGCAACAGACGCCUCCGUCAUGCCCCACCAUCCCCGCUAUCCCCGGGCCGCCUUCCAUGACCAGUCAUCCGAUAUCCCAAACAACCAUGUCAGCUGCCCCAAUGUCUACCGUCCCCAUGCCCCUGGGCUCAUUGUCCAAACCUCUUAUCUCGGGCCCCUCUGCCCUUUCAGGUCAAAGCCCGAUGCCCCUCCCACCGAUGGCGAUCUCAUCUGUUCCUUUAAUACCAGGCCCUCCCGUCACAGGUCCCCCGAUGUCUCUUCCAUCCAUGUCCAUCCCCACCAUGUCAGGUCCGAGCAUGUCCGGCGCUCCCAUGUUGCAGCCCGCUCUCCCCGGACCCCCCGGCUCUCUUCCGAGCUCCAUGCAGCCGUUCCCGCUGGCUUUUGACACCACUCCAGCCCCCGUGGGGAUGUUCGCCAGCCAGCCUGUCCAACCCUCGUUCGUGCCCAUGCAGACCUACAUGCCGGGUCUGGCCAGCAGUAUGACCUAUCCCAACGCCAGCGUUCCCGUGGUGGGCAUCACUCCAUCCCAAAUGGUAGCCAACGUCUUCUGCACGGCCACGGGCUCGUCAAGCACCGGCACCACCAUAGGCUCAGCCGUCGGAGGAUCAAAAGUCGGGGCGCUCGGAACAGUCGGACAGCACCAUUCCUAUCCAGGAGCACCUGGUGCCGUUGGGCCCGCUGCAGGUUUCCCCGCAGCCACGUUUUCCUCCACUCCGCCGCUAUCAACUGCCAUUAAUGGCCUCCCCCCGCACAGCAGCGCAACAAUGGUCCUCCAAAAUGGGACGUCCGGCAGCGGUGGGAAUAGUGGAAGCAGUAGCAGCUGGCCACCAGAGGGCAGCCAGCUGACGGCGCCGGUGAUCGCCGAGUCCCAAGAGGAUGACCGUUUUGAGGCGAAAUGGGCAGCACUGGAGACCAAACCAGGGCCACAGCAGCAAGGGAAUAAGUCCCCGGCAGGCACAGCCAAUCCCUUUUCCAACAAUCUGCAAAAGACUUUUGAGAUUGAGCUUUGAGCCAGAUUUGGUCUCCUAAAGCCGUAGCACUAGUUUAUUGAGUUAAAGCCCAAGGAAGUCAGGCACUGCAUCCAGCAUCUUUACGCAGAUGGGCUGCGGGUCCUGUAAGAUGACCCUGCGUCCAUCCUGUGACUGCCUAGCAAAAUCGCUGAAAGCUCUCAGUGGAGUCAGUGCUACAAGGAUCUCAUUUGCUUUCUUUAUGCUCUCUUCUGAGUCAAAGAAGAACUGAGUGGUUUACUGGGCUGCAAUCUAAAAGUCAGGUGUCUAGCUCUCUAACCUUGAUGGACUCCACCCGCUGCCUGCAUCCUGUCCCUGCUUUAAUUUCUCCACUGUUGGCUUUUCUUGCUGCACCUGACCCCCCCGCCCCCAGAUGUACUGCACGUGCCCCCUCUGAGAGCACAUGGAGGGACACAGCUCGGCGGUUUCUUUCUUCUAAAGGGGGAUUCCACUCAGUUGCAUUCCAAAUCCGUGAGACGUCUUUUGGACGUUUUGCUUGAUUUUAGGUGGAGUUUCUAAACGGCCUCAUCCCAACUACGGAAAGACGCAGCGAGGCGAAUCUGUGACCAGACUGACGCUGACCUUAGCGAAGCACAGCAGAAAUUUAGAUGCCUGAAAGGACUGAUCGAUAGUAGAGAUUUAUGGCCAAGAUUUUAUUCUAUUUAUUGUAUUUUAUUUGGACGUUUGACAAGUUUUGUGUACUUUGAAAUCCAAAAGUUAAAGCAGUGUUUCGCGAGCAUGUUGGUUAUUUUUUUUUUACAAUCCCCUUCAUGUUUGUUUUUCUAGUUGCAGGAAAUCUACAGGUAACAGAGUUGAUGAGGAAGACUGGACUUUAGAGAAGGAAAAGCACUGUGAGAAUAGGAGUCAUGUGACAAGAACCAAAAGGAGCCGGGGCUUACAGUGCAGAGAUGCAGUGUCGGAUGUCUGAUCAGUGUAUAUAGUGGCAUGUUUCUUCCACCCGUCCGCCCCCAAACUAUAUAUGCUUCACAUUCGCUGAGGCCAGCUGAGUCACUGCGGCUUCAGCUGACUGCGUAGCUCAUUUCUAUUGCUAAUGCCGAAGAAAAAGGGCAUCAGGAUAUGAAAAAUCACUUCAGGAUAACCAGCACACAGACACUCUGGACAAUAGAGCACACAGCGGUCCUUUGUACUCCAUGUUCAAACCCAAGGAACUAUAACAACUCAGUGAGAACAAAAAACAAACAAAAAAACUUCUACAACACUGUGCAACUGCUUGAAAAACAAACACACUACAUUCCAACAUUCAUAAUCUCUGAUAUGUGUUCAAACACAGGGUAUAAUCUCAUUUUGUGGUGUGAUUGUGUCCGCAACCUCUGUAUCUGCUGUCAUAGCGAUGCACUCAUAACAGAUUUUGGGACCGAUUCUCAGAUGGGAAAACAUAACAAACAAAAGAAAUAACGCAUGCCGAUCUGACUCAUAUGCGAAGAAUGAAAUGAUCUUGCUUAGUGAAUGUAAAGCGGUUGACCAAUUGCGAGAUGAAAGAAAAUGACGAGCUGGAGAACAGAGUAGAAAAUAAGAGACAGAAUGGAGCGGCUGUAUGUGAGAGACGGAGGACGACCAAGGAGCCAUACCUGUAAAGAAAGACAACGGGUAAGUUUGACAGAAGGGGAAAUUAGAUAAGAUGUGACAAAAAAAAAAAAGGAAACCACAGGGAGGGAGCUGGUGUGAAAAUAUUGAGGAACAAAGACACAUUCAUCCCUUGGCUCACAACACAACGCGCACUGUCUGCUUUUUUCUUUCGUGAAAGGCCGAGCCGCUUCCACUUCAGCUGCCUAUUCCUUAUCUUCCUAAAUCUCUUCGGAUCAAAGUUCGGAAAGAAAUAUUGCUUACUAUAUUAUUGCAAAUUCAUAAACUUCUUUGUAACUAUGUGCAAUUCAUGAUACAGUGUAAAUGUCAACAAAGCUUUCAGAAUUUUGAGUUUGGUUGUGUCGAAGCAGAUGCAGCAUUACAAAAAUUAGAAAAAUUUAUCACUAAAGGGCUUUUCCACCAUUUUUUUCUGAGUCUCAGAUGCUCCUCUUAUGCUCCUUAUGAAUAUGCCAGCUCUUCUCAUUACCCUGUUCAUUGUUUGAGAGCAACUUAUUAGGUGUUUUUUUUUUGUUGGCAGCAGUCCCAUUUGAUGGGCUGAGAAUCCAAAUUUAUCCUGUUACACCACUUAAGAUGCUCCCAGGGUGUAUGUAGAAAUUGACAUUUCUUCUCUGAACAAACCCAAACUUCUCUCUCUUUACCUUCCUUUCUCUGCAGAACGAGACCACUUUGGUCAUGAAAUCUACGGUUUUGUGACAAUAGUACAUUUUAGACCCCGACUCUUGUUUGCACGCCCUCCAAAUUAUAAAUGUAGGUUAAUUGUGCUCCGCGUUAAAGCAAACUAAAUGACCUCAUAAACUUGAUUGUAAAACCAUAGUUUAGUGAUGGUAACAAAGCAAACCAGUGGAGUUUAUUUUUAAUCUUUAUUUACAGAAUUUUUGUAUUUAAACCAACAUAUUUGUAUUGUAAUUACAUUGUACAAAGGAAAAAUAAAGUAAUAUAAUAAUACAA